AUGAACUCUUCCCAGCAGGCGCAAGGAACCAUCUUCCCAGCUCCCAAUUUCAACCCCAUCAUGGAUGCCCAAAUGCUGGGGGGGGCGCUCCAAGGAUUUGGCUGUGAUAAAGACAUGCUGAUCAGCAUUCUAACUCAACGCUGCAACUCACAGAGGCUGAUGAUCACAGAGGCAUACCAGAACAUGUAUGGCCGGGACCUGAUUGGUGACUUGAAGGAGAAGCUUUCAGAUCACUUCAAAGAUGUUAUGGUUGGCCUCAUGUACCCACCACCAUCUUAUGAUGCUCACGAACUCUGGCAUGCCAUGAAGGGAGUAGGCACUGAAGAGAAUUGCCUCAUUGAUAUAUUAGCUUCAAGAACAAAUGGAGAAAUUUUCCAAAUGCGAGAAGCCUACUGUUUGCAGUACGGCAGUAACCUUCAAGAAGACAUUUACUCAGAGACCUCAGGACACUUCAGAGAUACUCUCAUGAACUUGGUCCAGGGAAGCAGAGAGGAAGGUUACACAGACCCUGCCAUGGCUGCUCAGGAUGCAAUGGUCCUGUGGGAAGCCUGUCAGCGGAAGACAGGGGAACACAAAACCAUGCUACAGGUGAUCCUGUGCAACAAGAGUUACCAACAGCUGUGGCUGGUAUUCCAGGAAUUUCAAAAUAUUUCUGGGCAAGACAUAGUGGAUGCCAUUAACGAAUGCUAUGAUGGAUACUUUCAAGAGUUGCUAGUUGCGAUAGUUCUCUGUGUUCGAGACAAACCAGCCUACUUUGCUUAUAGACUACAUAGUGCAAUCCAUGACUUUGGUUUCCAUAAUAAAACUGUAAUUAGGAUUCUCAUUGCCAGAAGUGAAAUUGACCUGAUGACCAUCAGGAAACGAUACAAAGAGAGAUAUGGAAAAUCCCUAUUUCAUGAUAUCAAAAAUUUUGCUUCAGGGCACUACGAGAAAGCGCUGCUUGCCAUCUGUGCUGGGGAUGCUGAAGACUACUGA